AUCUGUAUCGCCUUGUGGAGAUACGGUAGACACUUACUAUCUACUAUCUACAAGAUCACUACGUUCCUUUUCAAGCCUUCAUCCUGGUAAUUGGAUUUCAUAACCUUGUUUCGUCCCUUAUCAUUGCUCACAUUCACGUCGUUCGAGACCCCUCCCCUCACUUGUACGGAGUUCCUGCCCAGCCCACCCUAUUGUCACCAGCCGUCUGUAGCUCAAGCUUAAGCCCAUUAACCUCGACUCAGACAUUACUCGAUAGUUACAGUUCCACUAAGGUUACAAAUAAAAUAUAAGGAAGGAUCUAAGUCAAUAAUGGACCCGAAAGCAGAGACUCCCGAAGAAAUCAACCCUUCCGAUAACGAUAGCGGCGAACGCCCCGUUCGAAAGAAGUUAAAGGAGACAUCAAUUACAUCUGCGCCUCCUAGCUUUGCUGAAGAUCAUUCCAUUGAUCCUUCCGCCAACAAGGAGCGCGAAGGAGCCGACAGUAGAACUAGGAGCCGAGGUAGGAAGCGAUCAUUUGAUGAGAUUCAACCUGAGGAAGAGAAGGUCCAGAAUUCUGAAGGGAGAGACGUCUCGAGUCCUAGGAGGAAAAGAUCACGGGACUCAAACCCUGAACAUGGUGGUUCGACUUCGCCUAUCGAGAUCGAAAAGCGGGAAGAUCCUAAUACGCCACCCGAGCAACUGUCCGGUGAUACGGCCUCGAGGAAAAUUAUGAGCCCCAAGAAGAAAAGGAGCAGGGAUCAGCUCGACAAGGAUGAAUUCCAGGGGAAAGCGGCCGCCAAAUCCACGGAAGAGAAAUCGUCUGCUGAAAGUCUUGGGGACAAAGGGGAGCGCGAUGUGAAACGGCACCGGGAUGAUUCCCAAGAGAGAGAUUCAGAUUCAAAGGGUCCGAUCAAGAGCGCUUUCUCGAACACCUCUACUGUUUCCCCAUUCGGAUCUUUAGCUUCCUCCACACCGUCCACUUCCAAGGAAGGAGAGUCCCCCAAGAAAGCUCCUAGCACAUCUGCCUCGGCCUUUGCCUCAUCAAGCUUGGCCGCGUUUGCCAGUUCUGAGCAGUCGCCCUUCGGUUCUCUUGGAAGUUCAACAACGUCGGUUUUCAAGUCCGCUUCUGCAUCGCAGCCGGAGAAACCAGCUUCUACAGGUUUUGUGGCUGCAUCCGGGCCCUCACCUUUUGCUGCCGCGGCUACCUCUGGGUUUGGAACUCUCGGAUCCGGUUUCUCGAGUUUCAGCAAUGCUUUCCCAAAGACUACCCUGACUGGCGGCCUAACCAGUUUCGCUUCCCCUGGAGGUCCUGAGAUACUCGGCACCUCCAAGCCAAAGCCUCUGGGAGCCACCUCAGAUGAUGAAGAGGAAGAGCAAGAGGUGGAAGAAUCGAAACCCAAAGAAUUCGAGAAAGAGGUGCCUGACGAGAGGUUCCAAGAACAGCACAUCGAGACGGGAGAGGAAAACGAGAAAACAUACUUCUCGUGCAAAGGCAAGCUCUUCCAGUUUACUGAGAAAAAGUGGAAAGAACGCGGCAUUGGUACAUUUAAGAUCAACGUUAAAGAACCAGCUGAGGGCAAGAAGACCGCCCGUAUGAUUAUGAGGGCUGAUGGUGUCUUGCGGGUGAUGUUGAACUCACCUGUAUUCAAGGGCAUGGCUGCCGGUGACAUCGAAGGCAAAGAGCCGAAGAAUAAGCAGAUCAAUCUUGCCAGCGUUGAAGAAGGCCGCUCUGUUCCUUACUUGCUACGAACCGGAAAUGAGGAAGUCGCUAAGCAGCUUUACCACACACUUUGUCGCCUGCAGGAAGAACUAUAAGUCGCUUCCCCCGUGCGAAAUCCAGCAUUGUGACUUCGGUAGGACUAGGACAAUGUUGAGAGACAACCUAGGAGUGAUCUGCCUGAGUUCUGUAAAAAGGGAAGCUUUCUCGGUACUACAUCUCAAUUCAACCUCCCAUGUACACGUUGUAGAUAGGAAAUCUCUCUUUAUCUAGGAAAUAGAUAAGUGAUAACAACGCA